CGGGAAGCCCGGGAAUAUGGCGCUCGGAGCGCCGUGACGGCUCCCGGAGAAAGGGAUGCGGCUGAGGCUCCGCCGCCGGCCGGCUCACUAGGUAGGGGCGUGCCGCGGGGUUGCCGCGGACCACGAAUCGGUUGCCCACUCUGCUGCGCCGGCCGCUGCGAGACCAGAAGCCGCCCUGCAUCCCGGGCGCGGAAAGGAGGGAAACCGUGGAGAGCUCUCACGGUGCCUCGAGGAGGUGCCCAAUCCCCGGCCGCCGGGAGCGACAUGGAAUUGGGAUCCGGCCGCGGUCCGGGCUCCCCUUUUGUCCGCCUCGCUCUCUCCCACUAGAUGGGAUUUUCCCCCCACCCUUGCCGGAGCGACCUGGAUGAUGUCGGAGGGAGAGCCGCGGCACCUUGGAAGGCUGCGGGACCGGUUCUUUGUGUCGCCGAGGCGAACGGCCACCGAAGCGGCCUCCCCGUCAAUAGCGGGAGACUUGUAAAUAUCCGGGCCGGAGGGGAAUUCGGGUGGUCGAUCCACAGAGGAAGGUGUGGACGAGGCGCUAAGUGAUGCUGUAGGAUGCUGUGGCUUUCUUUGUUGUGGGCGUGGGCUUUUAAGCCGCCACGGGCCGUGCUGCUGUAAUCCGGCAGGUGCUGUCCUUUCCAAAACUCCGCUCGCGUCACCUUUGGAACUGUCAGACUCCCCUCCCGAUGGAGAAACUCGCGUGUCUUUGACAGCCCCAGCCGCGAGGGUCUAAGUGUGUUGAAGAGGCGCACGGAGGAUUUUCCAUCAUGUUUGGAAAGAAAAAGAAGAGGCUUGAAAUUUCCGGGCCAUCCAAUUUUGAGCACCGGGUUCACACUGGAUUUGAUCCCAGGGAGCAGAAAUUCACGGGACUACCUCAGCAGUGGCACAGUUUGUUGGCAGAUACAGCAAACCGACCUAAACCCAUGGUGGACCCUUCAUGUAUCACACCCAUACAACUUGCUCCCAUGAAGACAAUCGUUAGGGGGAACAAGCCACGAAAAGAGACUUCAAUCAACGGACUGCUCGAAGAGUUUGACAAUAUCUCUGUCACCCGUUCCAACUCCCUCAGGAAGGAGAGCCCUCCCACCCCUCAUCAGGGAAACUCAAACCAUGUGCGAGGCCAUUCAGAGGAAAAUGGCUUCAUAACUUUCUCUCAAUAUUCCAGUGAAUCAGAUACAGCCACAGACUAUGUGACCGACAAGUAUAGAGAUAGAAGCAUCUAUGGCGAAGAGUUAGACCGAUCUUAUAAAGGCAGCCACGGGGCCAAGCAAAAUGGGCACGUCAUGAAAAUGAAGCCCGACGACGUCUACUAUUCGGAUAUGAGGUUGUUCAAAUCCGAUAUUUCCAGGUUUCCUUCAGAUUACCAUGCACACAUGGAAGCGCUAAAUAAACCAAGUGAAUAUAGUGGCCUCCCCUGGGACUAUCAGAGGGUCUCUAGUGCAUCCCCUCUAGAUUAUCGGGAUCCUUUUCAGUACAUGCCUUCUCGAACUGCAGGCACCAGUGAGUGCUCCAAGGAAAGUCUGGAAUAUGGUGAAAGUGAGUGGGGGCCGUCGGUGGAUGAUUACGACAAGAGGCCAAAGUCGUCCUAUGUAAAUAAGACGAGUCCUCAGCCUGCCAUGAGACAGAGAUCCAGGUCGGGUUCUGGGCUACAGGAACCAAUCAUCCCAUACGGAGCAGGUGCAUUCAAGUCAAACCAACAGGGAUACUCAUACAGCUCCUACACUUACCCCCGCCUGUCAGAACCUGCAACGUGCAUUCCAAAGGUGGAUUAUGAGCGAAGCCAGAUGGCUAUUAGCCCUCCCCUGUCUGGAUCAGACACCUACCCCCGAGGCCCAACAAAACUACCUCAAAGUCAUGACAGAGUUAACUAUUCCACCAGCGGCUACCAGUAUCCCCCUGGGUAUCACAAAGCGGCUCCCUACCACCACCAGCCUUGUCUCCAAUCCAGUUCCCAUUACAUCUCCACAGCUUCUUAUCCAAGCUCUCCGAGUAUACCUUCAAGUGCUUACCCCCCACCCAGUUGGGGAUCGUCCUCGGACCAGCAGCCCUCCAGAGUGUCCCAUGAGCAAUUUCGAGCUGCGCUACAGCUGGUCGUCAGCCCAGGGGACCCCAGGGAGUACUUGGACAACUUCAUCAAAAUUGGAGAAGGGUCAACUGGAAUUGUCUGCAUUGCAACAGAGAAGCAUACAGGAAAACAAGUCGCUGUCAAGAAAAUGGACCUCAGGAAGCAACAAAGAAGAGAACUUCUCUUUAAUGAGGUUGUAAUAAUGAGAGACUACCACCAUGACAAUGUGGUUGACAUGUACAACAGCUACCUUGUAGGUGAUGAGUUGUGGGUGGUCAUGGAGUUUCUAGAAGGUGGUGCUUUGACAGACAUAGUUACUCAUACCAGGAUGAAUGAAGAACAGAUAGCUACAGUUUGCUUAUCAGUUCUGAGAGCCCUGUCUUACCUUCAUAAUCAAGGAGUUAUUCACCGGGAUAUAAAAAGUGACUCUAUUCUUCUGACAAGUGAUGGACGGAUAAAAUUAUCUGAUUUUGGUUUCUGCGCCCAAGUAUCAAAAGAGGUCCCAAAGAGGAAAUCACUGGUUGGAACACCAUACUGGAUGGCCCCUGAGGUCAUAUCUAGACUACCUUAUGGAACUGAGGUGGAUAUCUGGUCCCUUGGCAUCAUGGUAAUAGAAAUGAUAGAUGGAGAACCUCCUUACUUCAAUGAGCCUCCUCUCCAGGCGAUGCGGAGAAUCCGUGAUAACUUACCUCCAAGAGUGAAGGACCUGCACAAGGUUUCCUCAGUGCUGCGGGGGUUCAUAGACAUGAUGUUGGUGAGGGAGCCUACCCAGAGAGCAACAGCACAAGAACUUAUAAGGCAUCCAUUCUUGAAACUGGCAGGCUCUCCUUCUUGCAUUGUGCCCCUCAUGAGGCAAUUUAGGCACCGUUGAAUGGAAGGUUCAAGCAGGAGCCCAAAAAAGGCCUUGACAGACCGUUGGGAGUUGGAGUGGAAACCGUGGGAACCAUACAAACAACCUGUGUGUUUCAAACAAGUGCUAUGGAAUUGAUCCUGAUGAUAAAAAAAAUUAAAAAAUGAUUAGAUGAUCUCCAGGGGUUUGAUGAUCAUCAAGACCCAUCACGUGUUACUGCUGGGAGAUGCAGCCAUGCAUCUCCUGACCUAUGGAGUGGUUGUUUAGAGCCCAGCUACCGCAGGUCAUAAUUUUUUUUUAGUCCUUUAGCCAGCAAAUCAGAAGGACUCUAGAAGCUCUAGUGAAAAGGUAAUAUUUAUGAGAACAUAUGUAGGAUAAUCUGCAAGAUUUUGCUUGAAGAGAAAACUACAUGGCAUUUCUAUUUAAAAAAAAAAAAAGCAAAACACUUUUCUGGCAAAAAAGCACUUUUUCCCCUAAUUGUAGCAGUGUAAUGGAUUUUGAAAUGAAUUUGUAAUUUUCUGUACAGUACUUUUGAUAAUUUAUAGUAUUUUGAUGUCAUGUAGUCGUAUUAGUUGAAGUAAUACAUGUGUCUUAGAGUUUAAACAAAGCCUUUCGUACUUUUUUAUCCUGUUCUGAGAAAAACAAGCCUUUAAGAAUUUAGAAUACUGGCCGAAUUUCUAUCACCUUCAGCUUUAGGUGAACACGCUUCUUAUUUUAACAGAAACCUUGGUAUGGCAGGGUGACAGUAUGGGAAUGCCGAUCAUAAAAUGUAUUGUCUACUUUCCCACUAGAGUGGGGAUGGAAUGCCACAUUCUCCCAAAAAGUAAAUCACUUUCUUUUUCCUUGCAAGCUUGGCACUUGGGUAAGCUACAUUAACUCUCUCAGGCCACUGGAAGUCAAUUUAGUAUACUGCAACUGUAGAAUGCUCAGUGGCACCCCAGUGGCCUGGAAGAGACCCUAAUUUGCACUCCAGGAGUAAUUUCCUGAAGUGAAAUAUAUUCACUGGGAGAAUCGGACUCAUUUCCAAAAAUAGAAUGCUCCUUAAUGGCUUCAUGAGAUUAUCCAAUCACAGAAAAGAGAAGGAAAAAAAAAAUCGAGGUUGCGAUUGGUGUAUUCAUUUUUUGUUCACUGUUUCCAGAUUUAUGUGCUGUAGAACACCAAACUCACUUUUUCAGAACUUCAAGGAUGAGUGUCUAUUAGCUGUCCUUCAAUUUCCUCAUUUCAGUCUAUAUUAACUUCCAUACCACAGUAUUAAUUAAUUGUCAUGUGAUGGAAGUCUUAAUUGACUUGGGUUGAAUUACUAAGGUGGUAACUCACCAGUUAUGAUCUGACUUUACUUGUGAUCAUGUUACAAUGUGUUUUCCAUAUAGACAAGUUGUGCUGCUGUCUAGACUUUGAAUGUUGAUAACAUGAAAGACUACUAUAAUAAAUUUUGUGUUGCUUGUUGGAUGAACUUGCAUGUUACAGUAAGCCUAUGUAGAUUUGCCUUUAAAAUUUUAGAAGUGCUACAAAAUCAUUAUUUGUUCUUCUUAAUUAUGCAUAAAACAUAAGCCAUUAUUUACCAAACUGAAUAGAGGUUUUCCUAAAAAACUUCAACCCGAACUAUUGUUAUAAAUAUGAAUUGAAAUUUAUGAAAACUCUGGCUAGUCUGAGGAACAUUGCAGAUUUUUACAAUGUGUUAUUGUCACUGGAGAGAAAACUGAGCGUAAGGUGACCUGCUGCUGAGUAGAUUUUUUCCCGAGUUUUCAAGGCAAGAGAUUCAUCUACUGAGGGAAUCCUGAAUUUUGUUUCCUUAAAGUCAAAGAACAAAAGCAUGUGUUCCUACAUAUGAAAUUUUAAAAUAUAAAGGCUCAGAUACCAGAAACACUUCAGUCCUGAAAUUUCAGAUGAAGGACUGCAUUAAUUAAACCAAGAAUUUGUAGAAGUAAAAAAAUUAACUUUUUAUUAGCCAGAAUAUGGAACUGUUAUGCCUUUGCAUAGAAGUGAAUUUUGGAUUCAAAACAUUUUCAAUGGUGUAAUGAAAACUUUUCUGUAACUUUCUUAUCACUAGAUAUUUUUUAAAGGUCUUCAUUGAGUUUACUGGAAGUUAUUGUAGCUUUAAAGGUUUUGUGAGCACCAAUAUUGACAGAAAAAUGCAC